AUGGACCAAGUUAAUUACGCUCCUGCUCUCUCAACAGGAAAUAAUAGUGGUGAACAAUUCGCACCACAGAGACAAUCAACUACACAAUCACCAACAAUGAACUCUCAACAACAACAACAACAACAACAAUCAGGAAACAGUACUCGUUACGACGAUGACCACUAUUCGUCGCCACCCUCCAACUACUCCUACUCUCCUGGACGUUCUCCAACCAGAGACUUGUCGAGCAGUGACCACGACACCUCUUCAAAGCGUGAGAAAAAAGACUCUGCUGCCUCCAGCUCAAAUAACGGACCUUCGGCAGUGUCUGCCUCCAAGGGCUCCACCACCCAGUCAUUGAACGGCUCCUACUCCUCACCAUCUUUCUCCUCCACACCAACACCCUCCACAAUGUCGCCAAUGCACACCAGUGCUCUCUUGAACUCUGACGUCAAGAAGGAAGACGACUAUCGCCACAGAGCCCCAGAUCUCGAUACCAAGAGCCCCUACGAUGAAGAUUCGAAAAAGAGAGAUCGUGACUCAAGAGACAGUAGAGACAACAGAGAUAGAUCCGAGCGUAGCGAUAGAGAUAGAGAGAGAGACCGUAGCGAUAGAGAGCGUGACUCAAGAGACAGCAGAGACAACAGAGACAACAGAGACAGAUCGGAACGUAGCGAUAGAGAUCGUGAAAGAGAAGGAAGAGAACGCGAUAGAGAUAGAUACGAUCGUGAAAGAGAUAGAGAAAGAGAGCGUGAAAGAGAACGUGAUAAAGAACGUGACAGACAAAGAUCAAGAGACAGUGAUAGAGAUGACAGAGUAAGAAGAGGAGAUAGCAGCUCAACCAAUUCUCCUUCAAUGACUUCUUCACCCGCUCUCAACAGAAAAUCAUCAGAUGUCAAAAAAGAGUUAUUAUUAUCACCAUCAUCAACAGAUAAGAAAGUAAAAGCUGAACAAGUUCAAGAGUCAGGUGAAUCUAUAACAAAACAUUUUAGCCAGAAAAUAACAGAACUUGAAGCUGUAAUUGCAAAGAAGAAUAUAUUAUUACAAAAAUAUAGAAAAACAUUAUUAAAAUUAUUUGAAGAUAAGGAAUCUGGAUCUGAUAGCGAGAGUGAUUCUAGAUCUUAUUCUCGUUCACCAUCAAGAUCGGCCUCAUCUUCACCAGCACGUUCAUCUUCAGAGUCCAGAUACUCUGAUACAGAUGGAUCGGACAGAGAGCACCGCCCCAAGAAGAAGGAAGGAUCCAACUAUCAACAAGGUAGCCAUUCUCAACAAGCAUCGGCAAACCAACAAUAUAUUUUCACACACGAGAAUGUCAACGAGCUAAAGAGAAAGAAUGAAGACAUCAAGCAACAGCCAACACCGGACGGAGGUCUCAAGAGAAGAAGAACCGGCUCCAGAAAGAAUACACUGUGGUCUGCAGAGGAUGAUGAAACCUUUGCUAAAGCCUAUAACAAAUACGGAAAGAGUUGGAAGACCAUCCAUAGUUUGCUCCCAGGAAAGACCCGUGAGCAAGUCCAAAGUCACGGUCAGUACUUGAUCAGAAUCGGUAAGCUCGAAGAUCUUCACAAGGACGGUAGAAGAACCAGACACCAAAAGCCAACACCAAUCAUCCAAGGAUCCAACGGUGGCGGACACCAUCACCACCACCACCACAGCAGCCACCACAGCAGUAGCAACAUCCAUCACGGUAGCUCCCAGAGUGGAAGCAACGGUGGUCACUACGGCGGUACCAACGGAUCCUCCUCAAUGAAACAAGAGUCCCACUCGAACUACUCUAACAAUAACUAUGAUGAUAAGCCAUACGAUUCACCUUAUACUCCAGAGUCACCAAGAGACGACUAUGAUGAAGACAACGAAGUUAACAUUGGACAAUAA